AUGAAGCGCGGCAACAGCCACAGCAGAGCGAGAGUAGCGUGGGACGAGAACAAUCUCGACUAUCUGGAGACGCACAAGACGCCCAAGCAGAAGAUCGACGAGCCAAAGACGCCAUUCCACGCGCCUGGAGAUUUGUCGCCGAUUCCCGACGACUCCAAGACGUCCGUGGAUCCCAAUGUCCUCCGCCACGCUCUCGAGAACGUCGCCUCCUCCAGCAGCGAUCACGGAUCUAGCAGCAGUGCUAGCAACGGGAAAUCGAGGCGCAAGAGUUUUGAGGAUGUCCGGCGCGAGCACUACUCCGAGUUUAAGACGUCCAAGAUGCUACUCCAGAAUGUGAAGGAUGAGGAGGAUUUGGAUCUGGACAGGAACCAAUUGGCCGGCGGUGUUAGCGGGAUUAGAAUCGAGGAGAAUAGCCAGGGAUCAUCCAAGUCGAGCUGA